AUGAUGCAACAACCUCCACCACCCACUCAAAUUACCAAUGCCGAAGAAUUGGAAAGAGUCCUUUUGAAUUUAAUGGUUCCUGAUAGUGCCAUUAUCAAACAAGCAGAAUCUGUGAUUAAAGUAUUUCUCAAACAACGAGAAUGUAUGUUAGGAUUUGUUUCACAAAUUAAAGGAUCGACGCAUGUGGGUGUUCGACAAUUGAGUGCUGUCUUGAUGAGAUUAAAGAUGAAGAAUCAUUGGAAGAAGUUGGAUGCACAAGUGAAGGAAGAUAUCAAGUUUAAUAUUUUGAAUGCCUUGUUGAGUGAACCAACUCAUCUUGUACGAACUUCUCUCAUUCAACUCGUCGGUGCGAUGGCUCUCCAUGAAAUUUCCAAUUGGGCAGACCUUCCAAAAUUCCUCUCUCAAUGUGUUGCACACGAACAAUCUGCUUUUAGAGAACUUGGUAUUACACUUUUCACAGUUUUGAUUGAAAAUACUCCCGAUGAAAUGUUAUCCAACUUUUCACAAAUUUUGGCAGUUUUCCAAGCAGGAUUGUUGGAUAGUGACUCUGCUGUGAGAAUUGCAGCAUUGAAGGGAAUUCGUCAAUUGGUUCUUGAAGUUGAAGAUGUCAAUGAAGAAGAUGGACCAAAACAAUCCAAUCCUCAAUUGGAUGCAAUCAUUCAAGUAGUUCCACAAAUGUUAGAAGCUUUGAAACAUUGUAUUGCAGAAUCAAGAUAUGAAGAAGCAGCAAAUGCUUUUGAAAUUUUCGACGAAUUGGUUGAACACAAGUCCACAGCCUUUGACAAGAUUGUUCCAAAUUUAUUGAGCUUUAUGUGUGAAAUUGCUGUGAACACACACUUGACUGAAGAAUUGAGAGGAAAGGCAACGACAUUUAUGGAAUGGACCAUUACUUACAAACCCAAGUUAAUGAUCAAAUUAGAAGUUGUUCCACACAUUUUAAAUGUUGCCUUUGCAUUGAUGAGUGAAAGAAGAGAAGAAGAACUUGAAGAAGGUUACGAAGCAGAUGAUGAUGAAUUCACUCCUUAUGAUUUGGGUUCUGCACUUUUAGAUAAUGCUGCUGUUGAACUUCCAAGCAAGUAUGUCUUUAAGGACAUUAUUGAGAGAGCUCUUCCAUUGUGUCAAAGUGCCAAUGAAUUUGAUCGAAGAGCUGGUAUUACUGCUUUGGGAAUUAUUUCAGAAGGUUGUCAAGAAGCUGUCAAAGCUAAUUUGGAGCAAGUGGUUUCAUUGAUUGCUGCUGGAUUCACCGAUGAAAGCAAACUUGUGAGAGCUUGUGCAAUUUUGGCAAUUUCUAGUUUGGCUGAAUUUUGUCAACCAGAAAUUUUGAAAUAUCAUGAAAAGGUCCUUCCUUUCAUUAUUCACAAUCUCACUGACAAGAGCUUUGAGAUUAAGGAAAAGAGUGCUUACAGUUUAGAUAUUUUCACACAACACAUGGAAGGAGAACCCAUCAAACCUUAUUUGGAAUCUAUUUUAAACAAAUUCUAUUCCUUAUUGACCUCUAAUGAUAGAAAAUCUCAAGAAGUAGCCGUUGCUGGUAUUAGUGCUGCUGCCUCUGCUGCUGGUAAAUUAUUUGAACCCUAUUUUAAUCAAUUUGUCAUGAUGAUGAAACAAUUAAUGGAAGCAGAAGGAAGUAGUGACCUCCUUGUGUUAAAAUCCAGAGCUACUGAAUGUGUGGGUAUUAUUGCAUUUGCAGUUGGAAAACAAAUCUUUGCUCCCUAUGUCGAUGGAUUCAUGAGACUUGCCAUGUCCAAUGUUGAAAAGAAUAAUUCAUCAGAAUUUAAAGAAUACACAUUCAUGUUCUUUGAAAGUAUGGCCAUGACUUUGGGAGAAGAUUUCAAAGUUUAUUUACCAACAGCUGGUGAAUAUGUUGUCAAUGCAUUGUGUGCUGAAGAUACAUGUUUUGAAGUUGAAGGAAAUGAUGGAAAUAAUAUUGAAUCUUAUGGAAAUCAAUUAGCUGCCGAUGACGAUGAUCUUGCUGGUGAUGCUGGUGGUGAUGAUGAAGAGGAUGACGAUGAUGACAUGGCCUUUGAUGGUACCAAUUACAAAUUUAGUGUGAGAACUUCAGCCAUUGAUGAAAGAAGUGCUGCCAUUUCAUGUGCUUGUCAAAUUGCAAAAGCUACAGGUCCACACUUUGCUAAAUAUUUACAUCAAGUGAUUGAUGCAGUUAUUGACUAUGCUGGACAUUUCCAUUAUUCACUUCGAAGACAAUCCAUGACUUCAUUAAGAAAUCUUGUUUUUGCUGCUGUUCCUACUUUGGAAUAUCAAACAGAAAAUCAAGACCUCAGUGAGGAUCAACGUGUGGUUGUGAAUAAGGUUUUAGAAACUUUGGUCAAUACAUUGACGACUGAAGAGGACAAGGAAACUGUUGCAAGAGCUUGUGAAAGCAUUAUUGAACUCUCUCACAAGUGUGGACUUCUCGUGUUGGGUAGACACAUUAAUGAAAUUAUGGAAGGAGUUAUUCAAUUAUUGAGACAAAACACUCCAUGCAAUGCUACUGAAAUGGAAGACGAAGGAGAUCACGAUAUUGUAUUGAUUGAUGUUGUUGCUGACAUUGUUGACACGAUUGCUGGUCUGUUAGGUCCAGAAUUUGCUCCAUUCUUUGAGAAGGUCUUCCCAGAUUUGAUGAAAUAUCUUCAACCAUCAAGACCUAUUGGUGACAGAAUUAUGGCUUUGGGAACUAUAUGUGAAAGUUUGAAUUCACUUCAAGAACACAUGAAGCCAUACGUUCAACACGUAUUGCCAAUUAUUUUGCAAUGUAUUAAGGAUCCACAUUAUAAUGCUCAAAGAAAUGCUAUUUAUGGUGUUGGUGUGAUUGCAUUCUUUAAUAAGGAUGAAGUUCAACCACACGUCAUGCCUGUAUUGGGAAGUUUACAUCCAAUCUUUGUAGAACCAAGCAAGUAUCAUCCAGCUGUUGUAGAUAAUGCAUGUGGAUCUAUUGCUAGAUUUAUUGCUUGUGGUCUUCAAAUGCCAUUGGAACAAGUGCUUCCUGUUUUCUUGAAUGCUCUUCCACUCAGAGAAGAUUUUGAAGAAUGUCCAAUUUGUUAUACCUCUCUGACCAUGUUAUUGGAGAAUCCAAACAAUACCACUGGUCCUCUCUUGCCACAAAUUUUACAAAAACUCGUCGAGGGAUUGACUCUGCCAGCCGAACAAUUGAAGGACAAGGUGAAAAUGACCAUUCUGGAAAGUAUUAGAAAAUUCUCACAACAAUUUGGUCAACAAUUCCAACAACUUGUUGCUUCUCUGCCACCCAAUCAACAACAAGCUCUCCAACAAAUGCUUUAA